AUGGGCCCACCUGAUACUGAUUAUGAAAAUGGUGUUUUUACAGCAGUUUUAACAUUUCCAACUGAUUAUCCUUUAAAUCCACCAAAAAUGAAAUUCAUUUCAGAAAUGUUUCAUCCAAAUGUAUAUCCAAAUGGUGAAGUUUGUAUAAGUAUUUUACAUCCACCUGGAGAUGAUCCAAAUCAUUAUGAAAGUAGUGUUGAAAGAUGGUCACCUGUUCAAUCAGUUGAAAAAAUAUUAUUAUCUGUUGUAUCGAUGUUAUCUGAACCUAAUAUAGAAAGUCCUGCAAAUAUUGAAGCAGCAAGAAUGUGGAGAGAUAAUAAAAAACAAUUUGGCGAAAAAGUACGAAUAACUGGUAAGAAAACAUUAGAAUUAAUAUAA